UCAAACAUUGAUUCCCCCGAGGCAUCUCUCCACGUCAAACACAACGCAACUUAUCACAGAAGGCCCUGCCAGGCAUCUUUGACUGCAUCAUGACGCCUCGCACGCGGGAGGAACUUGUAUCAUACGGAGUCGUGGACCCCGCUCUAGCGGCCGAACUAGAGAAGAACCCCUUACGGGCACCGCAGCCGUCGGACCCGUACUAUGGUCGGGACGAUCACUCGGCAUAUCGGGAGCACCGGACAGCGACGUUGCGCGAGAAGCGUCAUCUGCGCUAUCUUGCAGAGCCGAUCCCCGACGAGGUUGAGGAGGAAGAUCGGACAGUGCGGAUGCGCGAUGGGGAGGAGAUUGUGGUUAGGGUGUAUCGGCCGAGGCGGAAGGUGGAGGCUGGGAGUCCGUUGAUUGUGAUGUAUCAUGAGGGAGGUUGGAGUAUGGGUGACCUCACGGAUGAAGAAGUGAACUGCAGACUGUUCAGUCGGGAUUUAGGGGCUGUUUGCGUCAAUGUGGACUAUAGACUUGCCCCAGAGUAUCCCUUUCCAACCUGGAUCAACGACGCCUGGGAUGCCUUGCAAUGGACAGCCCAAAACGCAGGAGAACUAGGGGCCAACCCAUCCCGCGGCUUCAUCGUGGGUGGUGGAUCGGCAGGUGGCAACAUUUCUGCCGUCCUCGCUCAUCUAGCCCGCGACAACAACCUAUCCCCUCCGCUCACAGGCCAGUAUCUCUGCGUCCCUGUCAUAACCUGCUUCAUGGCCCCCGACCUCCUUCCCGAGAAAUACCGCGCCGAAUACUUGAGUCACCCGGCCGUAACGCCCAACCUAGAUCCCGUCAUACGAAUCGGCAAGUCAGUCCGUAACGACAUGAACCUCACGCUGAAGGCGGAUCUGGACAGCCCGCUCAUGGCUCCCUUCCUGUUUGGCGAGAGGACGGAGCAGGGCCACAAGGGGGUGCCACCAGCGUAUUUCCAGGUUUGCGGACUAGAUCCGUUGAGGGAUGAGGCGUUGAUCUACGAGAGGGUGCUGAGGGAGGAGAAUGGGAUCGAGACCAGGCUCGAUUUGUACCCCGGGCUGGGACAUUAUUUCUGGACGAAUUGGCCGGAAUUGGAGAGUAGUAGGCGGUUUGUGGAGGAUACGGUCAGGGGGAUGAGGUGGUUGUUGGAGCGGGGAAAGGGAGACUAGAGAAUAAUAGCCGAGGUGAAAGGGGGGUUGAUCGUAUUGAGGUGAGG